AAAAAAAAACCCAGUAACGGCAAAAUAGGAGGAUGACGACACCGUGACGAAGAAGUCCCAGUAAAAGGAAGACCACGAAAUAUUGAUAAUGAAAGUCACAAGUUGUCAUGCGUACUUGGUCUAACAGCGAGGAGGCGUCCUUAGGGGCUGUCCCAUAACUGUUAAUCUCUGCUCCUCUUUCUCUGACCGCUAUUCGCGCAUUAAACUGUAACUACAUAGUUGGUAAAGUCAACUUUCGUUGAAAUGCUCAUCCAAAUUAGUUGUCGGUGCAGCAAACUUGAAAUGUACUGAUAGGAGCGUUGGGAGGACACCAUGGCAGACAGGAGGACUUUCAACGUUGUGAUUUUGGGUGUGGGGUUUCUCUUCAUAUUCACCGCCUUCACCACCUGCGGGAACAUUGAACAAACUGUUGUAAAAAGCCUGGGAAAUGCUACUUUUACGGGAAGCGGGUACCACAGUCUGGGGAUCAUCUACGGGGUCUUUUCAUUCUCCAAUUUGCUUGCGCCGACUGUUGUCACAGUGAUCGGCCCGAAGCCGACCAUGUUUCUGAGUGGUCUGCUCUACAGUGGCUACGUCGCAGUGUUCAUCGUACCUUCAACGUGGUCCUUCUACUUGACCUCUGUGCUCAUCGGCAUCGGAGCAGCCAUGCUCUGGACAGCUCAAGGACACUUUCUGGUGGAAAACUCUGAGGCUUCCACUAUCAACAGGAACACUGGGGUGUUCUGGGCUCUCCUGCAGUGCAGCAUGCUGUUCGGCAAUCUUUACAUUUAUUUCGAAUGGAACGGAAAAACGGAAAUAUCAGACAGCAGCCGGAGAAUGACUUUCCUGGCCCUGCUCGUCGCCUCCGUCCUCGGCACUCUCACCUUCCUGGUGCUGAGGAAGAUCCACCACGAGGAGGAGAUGCUGUCUGAAGAGGAAGGGCAGUCGCUGCUGUCCACUCGUGUGAUGUACAAGAACAGAGCAGAUACCGCCAUGCAGGAUACCAAGUCGGAGUUCAAGACUAUGAUGCAGCUACUGAAGACUAAAACUAUACUGCUGCUGAGUCCCUGCAUGGCAUACAGUGGCCUCGAGCUAUCCUUCUACAGCGGAGUGUACGGGACGUGCAUAGGAGCGACGACGCAGUUCGGAGAAGCCGCUAAAGGCUUGAUCGGGAUCUCUGGGAUUGUGGUAGGCGUCGGAGAAAUAGUGGGUGAGUUCACUUUUCCUGUCUCAGAGUAUGCUUGGAGGAGCUUAAGCCCGCAUGGGUCAUUGAGUUUCGUAACGGUGCGCGCUCCGUCCCGACCAGGUGGAGGCUUCUUCGGGCUGCUGUGCAAGAACAACCGCUUCAGACGGACCUCGGUGGUGUUCCUGGGAAUGGUGGUGCAUUUCAUUGCUUUUUAUUUGAUCUUCCUCAACAUCCCAAACGACGCCCCUGUUGUCUUUGAAACCACCACCCAAAAGAGCCCAUAUUUAACUCCGAGCGUUUCCAUCGCCAUGCUGUGCAGCUUCCUGCUCGGACUUGGGGACAGCUGCUUCAACACGCAGCUCUACAGCAUAUUGGGGCGCGUUUACGCCGAGCAAAGCACGCCCGCUUUUGCCAUCUUCAAAUUCAUCCAGUCUGUCUGUGCAGCAGUGGCGUUCUUCUACAGCGGCUACCUCCUCCUGAUGUGGCAGCUCCUGCUGAUGAUCAUCCUGGGCUUCGCUGGAACGCUCUGCUUCUUCGUGGUCGAGAGGAUGCAGAACUUUCCUCCAGAUUUACAGGAUUACUAGAAAAGAAGACGUUUUCCGUUUCAGCAUUGAUCGGUGCUCGCUGGGACGGACGCUCUUUGGGAGGAAGCUGGGCCAAUCGGAAAAACGACCCCGCGUCUUUUAUUUCACGCUAAAAACCUCUUUGCACUUAAGAUGCACCGAAGGUCAGAUACAUUUGCAGUGAACUGAAACCAAGUUGCUUUUAAAACCUCUGAAUAGCAUUACAUGGUUAUCAAUCAGCCUGGAAUGUACUUUGCACACUUUGUGUCCUAAUUAUCCGGCACUACAGAGCAAUAUUGUUAAACUUUAACAUUAUUUUUUCUACUACACCGUCUUACUGCAGGAUUUUAAUAUCACGUUAUGUUUCAAUUUGCAUUGCUUCAAGCUCAAUUUUAUAAUAAUGUCUUUGUUGAAUAUAUUUUAACUAAACUAUUACAUUACAACUUGUAAAGCUGUUUAUAAUGAUAAAAAUAGAUGUGACUAAUUAAUGCCUGACAAUCACUCCUCUUUUUUUUUGUAUAUUUUGCGUUUAAAGUGUUUCAUCCCCAGAUUUCUGAAUGUUCAUGAAUAUGUAAUGUACACUAAUUAAAACUGGCAAGCUCAAGUA